AAGAGAGCUCGAAGCCGGUAAUAUCAUUUUGAAAGCAUCGUCAUUGGUACCAAUCACUAACACAGCCACCGCAUGCUACUAUUACACUACCCAUACCAAUACUAUUCCAAUUGACCGUUACCAUGACGAUGGCCACGAAACAACGGACCGGUUUGAUCUACGUGUUGCAAAAGACUGUUCUACGUGUUGCUUGUGCGGGGGGUGUGCAGCAAAACAGCUAGCUAGUGGUCGGUAAACAAAUUGUGUUGGUGUUUGUUUUUCAGUUUUGUACGCAGCAUCGUUUCAAGUUCAUGCUCUCAGUCACAUUCGUCUAUCGCCACACUGGUAAAAGUGCCCGUGCGUAUACGUUACCGGUGUACGAUCGAAACGCAACAAAACUUGUGCGAUCUCGUUGUGCGCCCCCAUGUACGCACUCCACGUACGGCACCCGUGAGAUUCACGUAUCAGUUUAGCAGUGAUCGCGAACGCGUUUGUUACGCUAUGUGUCAGUCGUUGGGCGGGUGUAACCGAUCGUUGGAAAAUGUGUUCUUAUUGAAUAGUUAAGGUACAAUCAGUUUUUGUUGAACGUGCUUCGCUUAGUUAUAGAAAAUAUGACACUCCCUAGAAGAUAGAUACAGUCUACUCAGCCAAAAGUCUAUUCCCAUUAUUGGAACAGAGAGGAGUGUUGUUCCUGCCAGUAGUAUCACAUCGGUAUAUAAACAAGCUCCUUUGCCAAAGGGAAUUUCAAUCGAAUCAUGUCACUAGAAGAAACACGUCGAACCCAGCGACCAUAUCGCUAUGGGAUGAUGCUGUUAUGUGUUGGCGCAUUGGUGAAUUGGUUGGGUCUGGCCGAAAAUUAUUCAGAACCAGUACGAUACGCGGGAGUUGCAUGUAUUUUAGCAGGUGCCUGUCUCAUAUGUACUGCAAUGUGUUGUUGGCUUCACACACCCGGUCGAUCGGGAACGAAUGGUGACGAGGGCGAUGAUCCUGUUCACGUCAUUAGUGCUAAUGAUGAACGAAGGCGUGAAAAGCCUCCCGACUACGACACUGUAGCUGCCGCCCCACCAAGCUACGACGAUGCGAUCAAGCUUGAUCCUGCCGCUCUUUUACACUUGUCAAUAGCAUCGAACGCAAAUGUCAGCAGUAAUGCGAACAUUAAUUACAUCCCUACAGUACAUCCCAGCUCAUCCCAUACAAUGAGUAAUAGUAAUUGUACUGAAACCGUUCAAAGCACUGAAGGUAGCCAAAUACUAGACUGUUCUAUUACCGUGUGCGAUGAAAAAAUGUGUUCCGAGAAACCACCUCCCUACGCAGAACCAGUCGUCUGUGGCACAAGUAUUUCAUCUGACGAACGAACAUCUCGCAGUACUAACUGAACUACCGGGAUGCGUUUAGCUUUAUCACGAAUAUAACGAACUUUCUAUAAUGUUUUGCGUUGAAGUUUCCUGUCCUUCUAAAUCAGGAAACAAUAAGCAAAACACAGAAAUCAUGGCUGUGUUCGUAUUUCUUAAAUUGUAAGCUUCCGUUUCCUGCACAGAAAUGUUCUAGUUAUAUAACAAAUCCCGAAGAGCGAUAGAACGUAGGUGUCUGCAGCACUCAACUAAAAUGCUGUACAGUAUUAGCGAUGCCAUAAUUGAAGCGAACGAUGUUCGUAAGAAGACAGCGUAUUUAUACUUAAAUCAUGCUCAACACUCCCAACAUAGUUGAGGAUUUCUAUCGUUUCUAACAGUCGUAAUAGUGUUUACGCAAAGAUAAAGGAAUUGUAGCUAGGGAACCUUAUUUACAUUAGCACUCGGUCGAUAGGAGCAUAAGGAAAAUAUCCAACCGAUUCUAGGGAACUGAAUGUACAUAUGAUCACGGAUGUAAUCCUGCCUUAUAUUUGGGUUUAUUUGUGUGAUAAUAGUACCAUAAGUCAAUAAAGAUUCCCAUUAUCAUGUAUCCAUUA